UGGAGGGAACCGCUUAUGCGGCAAGUACUAGUUUAGCGGAUUUACGAACAAAUACGACUUGCCAACGCGAGCAUGAGCUUCGGAUUCCGGGAAAUCUCUCCGAAAGGGGUAAAUUUGGUACGGGAAUGUGAUUUAAUGCAUGGAUGGACACAUCCUUUUCUGGCUUUUAGCUUCCGUUGGUGAUCCCACGUGAGCAAGCCCUCGAAGAGUGAGACCUCCUAACUGUCAUAAACAAGCCAAGCCAUGCCCUGGUGCGGUGAAAAUAUACUAUACAUUUUGCCGACUAUUUUGCCUCGUCUUCUGCUCUUAUUAUUGGUAUCUGUCGCCAAUUAGUCCUUCAGCCCUGAAUUCAGUUCCAUCUCGCUUCUCAAUACCCACUCAGCCGCUGAGUGUUCGUGGAAUUGCUGCAGAGAAUGCUACUGCUCAGUACGUGUCCUUUCUGACGGGAAAGAGAAAAGAAGGGGGCCUUAACAAUCAUUUCUCAUGAUUUGAGGCGGAGAAGGAGCGCACUCGGAUUGUUUGAGCAAGUGGGUUCGGGAGCUUUUCUCUAUUCAUCCCAUAAAGUUCGUACCUUUGCGCUCGCUGGUAGAGGUUCCUCUGUAAUUGCAAUCCCAAGUAAGCAUUUUUACACUGUUUCUGGUGGUUGUGUCUGAUCAGGCCCUCCAUUGAAGGUGGUCAAUUUGAAGGUCUUAGUUAAUGGUUGGUGGGGAAGGUUGGACUGCUCGCUGCUGUUUGUGAUGUGAUAUUGUGGGCAGAAAGAUGAAAUCUUUGAGUGGUGUGGGGUUGGGGUUGAGUGUAGUGUUUGGUUGCCUUCUGCUGGCUUUAGUUGGCGAGCUUUACUAUCUGCUAUGGUGGAAGAAGAGGGCAACAAAUAGAUCAAUUGAAGGAGGGUAUUGUAUUAGAAGUAAUGGUAGUCCUGCUAAGGAGCUUUUGCACAUCUUCUGCUUGAAGAAGCCAUCCUCAGUAGUUUCUCAAUCUGCCCUUGACCCACAAGAAGCUUACCCCCCAAGCCCAGCUGUGAAUGAUUCAGGAGAUCAGCAACUAGUUCAGUCUAAUGAGAACGGCGAUGGCAAGGACUUGUUGGUCAAACCACUUGAGCAAGACACUAUGGAGGCAGAGCUUGCGAGGCUGCACAAGCUUGCAGGGCCUCCUAGGUUUCUGUUCACCAUUGUCGAGGAGACAAGAGAGGACCUUUUCGAUUCGGAGGAUGGGAGGUCGAGGAAGGGCUCGAGGGGGAGGAGCCUGAGCGACCUCCUCGUUGCGCUGGAGACUCCAUAUCUCACACCGAUUGCCUCUCCAUCUCUGUUCACACCUCCUCUGACUCCUAUUGAGUCGGGGUACAGUCAGCACGGGUUCAAUCCCCGGUUUGAGUCGUCGAGCGAUGCGGAGUUCAAUCGAAUCAGGGCUUCCCCUCCACCGAAGUUCAAGUUCAUGCAGGAUGCAGAGGAGAAGCUUAGGAGGAAGAUGACGGUAGGAGACACUCAGAGAAGUGGGAGCUCUCAUGGUCAAGAGUUUAGCAUUAGAGAUCAUAGUUUGGAGCCGGUGAAGGAUGAGGAAGACGGCUCAUUCAUCACCAUUGUUGUUGAUGAAAGUAGAGAAAGAAGAGAACAUAAUCAGAAACACCACCACAACCGCCGUCCAGAAGCCUCAUAGUACAUUUACUUCUUCUGCAGUAUACACCGAAGAACUCUCAACGACAAAGAGAGGAAGGCAGAGAGGAUAGAGAGAGAGAGAGAGAGAGAGAGAGAGGAGAGGGACAAGAUUGUGCAGAAGGAUGGUGAAAGGAAAGGUGGGGGGACCUGUCCUGUGGGGUUCUUCUGUUUUAUUACAAAACUCCAUAUCUCCUCUUGCUCUGAUUUUUCUUCUUUUUUCUAUAAAUAAUCUCUCUUUAUUUCCCCCCUUGUCAUCAUAUUCUGAUUCUACUGUUGAUGUUGUAGUCAAAAGGAGCCCUCUGUGCGAUUCUUUGCCUA